AUGAGGAAACCUGAGGUGGAAUCGCCCGGGGAGCAGAAACCUGAGGUGGAAUCGCCCGGGGAGCAGAAACCUGAGGUGGAAUCGCCCGGGGAGCAGAAACCUGAGGUGGAAUCGCCCGGGGAGCAGAAACCUGAGGUGGAAUCGCCCGGGGAGCAGAAACCUGAGGUGGAAUCGCCCGGGGAGCAGAAGCCUGAGGUGGAACCCCCCGGGGAGCAGACACCUGAGGUGGAGUCACCCGGGGAGCAGAAGCCUGAGGUGGAAUCACCCGGGGAGCAGACACCUGAGGUGGAAACACCUGGGGAGCAGGAACCUGAGGUGGAAACACCCGGGGAGCAGGGACCCGAGGUAGAAUCACCCAGGGAGCGGGGACCUGAGGUGGAGUCACCCGGGGGGUGGGGACCUGAGGUGGAAUCACCCGGGGAGCAGAAACCUGAGGUGGAAACACCCGGGGAGCAGAAACCUGAGGUGGAAUCACCCGGGGAGCAGAAGCCUGAGGUGGAAUCACCCGGGGAGCAGAAACCUGAGGUGGAAACACCCGGGGAGCGGGGACCUGAGGUGGAGUCACCCGGGGAGCAGGAACCUGAGGUAGAAUCACCCGGGGAGUGGCAGGGACCUGAGGUAGAAUCACCCGGGGAGCGGGGACCUGAGGUGGAGUCACUGGGGGAGCGGGGACCUGAGGUAGAAUCACUUGGGGGGAGCGGGGACCUGAGCAAGCCGAUCCAGCGGCUUGUCUUCACCAUCUACACCUACCAUCUACACCGAGCAUCUACACCCAUCCUUGGUCUCUGCGUCUCCACCCCCUCCUGA